AUGUCUGAUAGGCGCCGCAGGAGCCACGACGAGUACACCCGCGAACCAAUAUUCAUUGAAAGAAGCCCCCAGGUGCGUACUUACCGCAUCGUGCGAACGACCUCACCGGAGAAGAGAGAGCGGCUGACGUUGGGAUCCAAGCUCUACAACCUCUUCCGGACUCGCAAGAAGAGAGUCCAAAUCAUUGAAGAAGUCCCCGUUCGAAGUCGACGGCCAGAGCGCCGUAGCUGGAGCCCGCCUCCACGCCGACCUCCACCUCCUUCGCCUCCUCGAGGCCCAUAUCACACCAUGUCGUCCAACAUGGUGGACGACAUUUACACGCCUCUACCUCCGAAGCUGCCACCAAAGACCAACAAGCAUCAUCAUAAUCAUCACGAGGACGACCCUAUCAAAUAUGUCGUGGAGAAACGGUCUCCACGGUCCCAUAAGGUCAAGAUCAUCCAUGAGCAUGUCGACGACGACGACCCGGACGCUCACCCAAAGGUGGAAAGCCCCUCCUCCCCACCACGAAAGCGCGACAGCGGCAAGUACUACAUGACUGGAGCACGCAUGGACGAUGAUCACCACGACGGCGCACGAAGGGAAUAUGAACGUGUGCGACCUGACCCAGAAGUCCAGAGGUUGCGAGAUGAUCUCGAGAGAGAAGAGCGCAAGCGACGACAGGCAGAGCUCAGCGCCGCGGCUGCCAAAGAAAAGGCUGAUCGAUACAAGGCCGACCUCGAGUACGAGAAACGCAAAAGGUCCCUCGAGAAACGUGAACGAGACCUUGACGAGCGCGAGACCCGUCUCAACCAGGAGGAGCGCGAGCAUUUCGUGGAGGCUCGACGGCCCCGGGACCGCCAAGGAGGAGUCGUCGUCCACAACCCGCCUGCCGCGGUGGUGGCCGCUCGUGAACCCAACAAUCGGUCGGCUCUGGACCGGGCUCGAGACGACUACGACCAUCUACGCAGUCAGCAAGCUCGAGACGAGCGACGACCUGCAACAGGGGACAGACGUUCCCGGCGACAAAGUAUUAUCAUCGUCGACGACGAGCAUGACCGGGAUCGAGACCGACGACAACAACGACGGUAG